AUGAGUGACUUCGACUUCCAGUCAUUCAAUUUAGCUCUGAAUCAGGAGUAUAUCGAACUAGACCUUUUCCACUAUGGUUUAGCCAAGUUUUCUCAACAGGAAUUCUUAGACGCUGGUCUUGGUCCCGAGUAUCAGUUCCUCAUCGAGUACAUGGCCGAUCAAGAAGUUGGCCAUGCUGAGAUGGUUAGCAACAUCAUCUACCCCUACGGGGCAAAACCGUGCCAAUAUCAGUAUCCCUUCGAUACAGUCCGAGGCUUCUUGGACUUCUGCCAAAAGUUGACUCGCUGGGGUGAAUCCGGUGUUUACGGCUUUUUGCCGCACCUCGACAACCGUGCCCCUGCAGAGCUGUUGAUCAACUCCAUUACUACUGAGGCUAGGCAGCAGAUGGCCUUCCGGCAGUUGGAGGGUCUGUUUCCCAUGGCCGUGUGGUUCGUAGCCGGCAUCCCCCAAGCCUGGGCAUGGACGAUGCUGUCGCCCUACCUCGUCCACUGUCCAGCGGAGAACCCAUAUAUUAAGUGGCAAAUCUUCCCCUAUCUGAAUGUCACUAAUAACCCAAUUGCUAUCAGGAAUGACAGCAAGGCCGCAGUGUCGACCAAUGUCUCUGCAAUUUCCUAUCCUGGGUAUGAGGUCAAUUUCCAGUGGGACAACCCUGGCAUGAACGUUAGCUACGACUUGAAGUACCAGACGACCUCGACUGCUGGACCUCCCAAAUAUGCUCUCUGGGUUUCGCAGUUGAAUGCGACGUAUACGCCGCUGUAUAACAUCGACACCGAUAACAAUUAUGCCAGUGCAAAACAACCAGGUGGCAUGGUAUUUGGUAACAACACGGCACCUAUCUUCAACGACACAAUGUUCGUCGCGCUGACUGAUGACAACCCAUACGUCACCCCUUACAACUUGUCGCUGGUUAAUCCUCACAUUGUCGCGGGCCCCGCCAUCUACCAAGCUGGCUGA